AUGAGAGAAUUAACUGAAGUUGUAGGUUUGAGUGUGUAUGAAAGUGAACUUACAUGUACACCCUCAUAUUUUUAUUGUAAUAAUCGUCAUAUACAAAAAAUUAUUGAUUCAAGAAAUAGUGUUGAUUGUAAAUGGUUAUUAUCUAAAACAAAUAAAUUAGCAAAUAUUCAACAAACAGAAACAAUUAUGGCUCGUAAUUUAAUGAUUGAAUAUGUUAAUUGUUUUGAAACAUCAACAACCAAUUUAUCAACAGUUAUGAAUACAAUUCAGGUUCGAUUUAAUAAAAAAAUAUUGAAUAAUUGA